AUGUCUCCAAUCGACGCGGAUGCUUCAACUGUUUUGAUUACACUACGAGAGCAAAUUGAGCCUUCGGGAGACUCUGACCUUGUUGGAGCUAUGUACCAGCUCGAGGACUUGUACGAGAGAAAACUGUGGUUCCAAUUGUCUGAAGUGUUGUCACAGAACGUUUACAAGAAUGAAAAUAGCAAGCCGAUCAGACUAAAGCUGUUUGAGAACUUUGUGCUGAAAUUCAACGACAAAAUUAACCAGCUCAAGCUGAUAGAAUUCUUGCUCCUAUCGCUACAGGAUUGCGACUUAAAAGAGCGCCUCGAAUACUUGACCAAUCUCAAAGACCUCAUCAGAAACAGAAAGAACAUCAAAAAAACCGAUGACGACGACAUCGCCGACAUAGAUAUCAUCCAGGCACUGCUUUUCCUAGAAAUCGAGAUUGCAGGCGUCAAACUGAAUCUGGGAUUUGUGGACGAGGCAUCGGCCAUCAUCGACGAAUGCUCAAAGAAAAUCGACAAGAUCAAUUGGUCCUUGGACAACAGGAUUAAUGCCAGCUACUACUUUACGAAUGCCAGUCUUAUGAAACUCAAGGGCGACUACACUGCCGUUUACUACAACUCUCUAUUGUUUUUGGCAUGUAUCGACAAUCUCGACAAUCUUGCCAACAAGCAUGCAAUUGUCAAGGAUAUCUGCGCAAGUGCAUUGCUCGGGGACAAAAUCUACAAUUUCGGAGAGAUCAUCAUGCACGACAUCUUCCAGUAUCUGGAUAUUGCUUGGUUGAAACAGCUAAUUCUUGCGCUCAAUUCUGGCGAUCUGGCCGCUUUCGAGCAGGUGAUUGGCAACCCUGAGAUCAAACAGAUCCCAGAGAUUGCCUCCAAUGUCGGAUUUCUCAAGCAGAAGAUGUGCAUCAUGUCGCUGACCAAGCUAAUCUUCAACAGCCCAACACAGAAUAGAACGUUCAAGUAUGACGCCAUUAUGGCACAGGUGCCUUUCCUGCAAGAUUAUAACGAGGUGGAGAACCUGCUCAUCAAAUGUUUCAGUUUACAGCUGAUGAAGGGGCUUAUCAACGAGGUCAACUCCGAGGUUGAGAUCUCCUGGAUUCAGCCAAGAACAAUGACGUUGGAUCAGAUCGAAGCCAUGAAGAAAAAGCUUAUUGUGUGGAGCGAUAAGGUGAGCGAUCUGAACCAGUACAUGGCUUCUGCUGGCAAAGAGCUGUGGGUGUGA